ACCCUCUAACAGACACGCGAUCAGAUUCGCGUGGUGGGAGAACAUGAAGAAAGUAGGAAGAAAGUCGAUAGACUAUUACAUACUGCCGAACAAGAUCUUGUGCAGUGUGCUCGGAUCUUCACUUGCAGAGGAGAAAUACACGACUAGUGGAAAAAUAUUUGCAUAUUCCCGUCUCAUAGUAGCGAUUGCGGCAGCCGGCAGUAUUUUUGUGCCUCAAAUCAUGCUUGUUGCGGUGAACUGGGGUGAUCUGAGGAUUCUAACAGGAGUAGGAUGCGUGAUAACAACAUUUGGACAGUAUAUAUUCAAGCUGAUUUACGUAGUGGCCAGAAGAGAAAGAGUGGAAAGACUGUACAAGGAACUAAGGAGUCUUUGGAACUCGACAGACGAUCCUGAGGAAAUGAAGUCUUACGAAGAGUAUGCUUACUGGGGAAGAAUAUGUACAAUAACGUUCUACACGCUUGGAUUAUGGACUACAAUCAUGUUCACCAUUACAGCAGCCAUUGAUAAUUUUACAAUAGAGUACACAGACAAUAAUAGCGAUAAAACCAGAUAUUUACCAUUUGAAGUCUGGUACGGAAGAAAUGUCACAGAAUCUCCUAAAUUCGAGGUGGCCUUUAUUUGCCAAUUUGUGGCAGCAUUGAUGUCCUGUACUGGAAUUUGGGCUAUUGACACCUCGUGUAUGACAACGCUUCUCCACGUAUCAGGUCAAUUUAAGUUAAUUAACACAUGGAUCAGUAGCAUUGGAAUCGAAAGUGAUUGUGAGCCGACAGAUCAUUGCCGUAAUUAUUUGCCGAACGUGGAAGCGAACCUGAUCAAAUGUAUUCGUCAUCACCAGCGAAUGAUAAAGUAUUCAAUACAGCAGCCUCCUAUUUUGCUCUGUUGCGACAAAUGCAAGAAACGCGAAUGUGAGUGUAACGAUUAUUCCAAUCUAUGA